AUGAGCGCAACAUCGUCGUCACCACCACCGCCGCUCGCCGCAGAGUCCUUUUCUCCCCUCCUCCCCAUCCUCAACGCCUUCAACCACCGCCACCACAACCAGCACCGCCUCGCCCACUGGUGGCCCGUGUUCCGCAGCCUGCGCCGUACAAUCCGCAACCUCAUUGACGAUCUCUCGCCGCCUUCCACGUCGCUCUCCUCACGACCUGCUGCUCGGCAACAGGCUUCGUCUCAAUCUAUUCCCCCCCGAGCCAUCUGGUUAAACAAACACUUUAUCCCCCGGGCAUAUGUGGCAUUCUCCCAACUCGCCGCCGACAACCAACAUGCCCCUCUAGGCCUCCUCCUCAUCGCCAUCCUUUCUCGCAUCCACACUGCCCUCUCUCCUCUCCUCUCAGUCGAUAAUCCAAUCACCAAGCCACAGCCAAAAACCAUUCGCUCCAAUGACCUCCUCACAAACCAAGACAAGGGCGUGGCAAUAGCCCGCCAGGAACUAUCUUUAGCAAAGACUACCACUCCCUCAACCUCAACAGAACGUUUGAAAUCUUCAAUUACCCAGAGUAUCCCAGAUUCAAAUGAGCAGCUGCAACAAAUCAGCAAACCGGACCGCGAAACCGUAAAGCCAGCCAAGAGCAAAUUAAACGAAGCAUCCUCAUCAUCAAUAUCAAAAGACAAGAAGAAAAAGAAAAAGGGCAAAGGAGACGCACUAUCCAGCCUAUUUGGCUCUCUCUCAUAA